AUGGAUUUGUUUGCCACUUGUUGGACUCCGAUGAGGACGCUAGCCGUGUUCACAAUCGGUACCGGAAUUCUGUUGGUUGUUUUCAUUUGCAUCUAUCGACUAUUCUUCCACCCAUACGCCAAAUACCCUGGACCGUUCCUUGCCAAGCUAACUAGCUGGUAUUCAGUCUAUCACGCUUAUUAUGGUGAUAUUCACAUCGAUAUAUGGGAGUGCCAUAAUAAAUAUGGCAACUAUGUUCGAUAUGCUCCCAAUAGGAUCUUGGUAAAUACAACAGAGGGCCUCAAAGAAAUAUAUACUCAAGGCAAAAACACGCAAAAGGCAAAUGCAUACCGCAAAGUGUCGCUGGUGCCUGGUGUCCAUCCAACAUUCAGCAUGAUAGAUAACCAGGGCCAUGCUAGGCUUCGCAGGCUUGUCGGACAAGGGCUCUCUAACUCUCAUAUUCGCGCUUACGAUAGUGAACUAAGGCAGAGCGCUCUUCUUUUUGCCACCAGGCUGGGCGAGAAGUUAGAUCGCUUCGAACCUCAUGGAUCUCAUGUUGACCAUCAAGGUUGGACAGCCCCAAAGAAUGUGGCGUCAUGGAGCAACUACUUUACUUUUGAUAUCAUGUCCCAUCUUGUGUACGGUACUUCUUACGAGCUUCUAACAAACUCGAACGACCACUGGGUGAUCGACGGCGUACUUGGUCAGAUGCGUCGUAUCAGCUUUUUGACGCUACUCCCGGAGCUGGAAGAUAUGAGAUUUGACCGACUCCUGUUUCCAGAUGCCCGUAGGAAGGCAUAUAGGUUCUCCAUCAAGAGCAGAGAGAUCAUGGAAGCGAGAAAGAGUAAAGAGAGUUCUGGGGGUCAGGAAGGCAGGGCCGACCUUUUCUCCAAGUUAUUUGCUGCCAAAGAUCCGGAAACGGGCGAGAGCCUCUCAGAUAAGCAACUAUGGGCCGAGAGCAACUUGAUGAUUAUCGCAGGGUCUGAUACUUCAUCUACUGGAAUUGCGGCAACUUUCUUCUACCUGUCUCGCAACCCAUCAGCGUAUGAGCGUGUCACGAAUGAGGUCAGGUCUGCAAUCACGACUGCUGAGGAUAUCUCCCAGGGCCCAAAGCUACUAUCAUGCACAUACUUACGCGCAUGCAUUCUCGAGUCAAUGCGUCUCAGCCCACCAGCCGGAGGCGUAAUGUGGCGCCAAACGAUUCCUGGUGGCCUUUACAUUGCGGGUACUGAUACCGAAAUUCAUGUUCCUGGGGGUUACGAAGUUGGUACAGGCAUAUAUGCUAUACAUCACAACGAAGAGUACUUCCCCAACCCCUUCGAGUUUCGGCCAGAGCGUUGGUUGCCGGAAGAAGUAGGCGACGACGCCGUACUCAAGGCUCAUGCUGCCUUCCACACUUUCUCUCAGGGGCCUCGGGGAUGUCCCGGAAAGAGCCUCGCCAUGUUGGAGAUUCAAUUUGCAUUGGCUGCUGUGAUUAUAAAUUACGACUUUCGCAAAGUUGAAACUCAAUUAAGUGGUAUAGGCGAGGGAACAGGCAAGUUCACGGGCCAGUAUCAAACUUUUUGGGCCUUUACCAGUCUCAAAGACGGGCCGUAUAUUCAGUUCAAGAGGCUCGGAUCUUGA